AUUGUGACGUGACCGUCGAUGUGGAGACGGUGAUUCCAACACCGACCCCCCUGUAUGAUAACCAGAAGGCUCGGAGUGUAAUGAACGAAUGUGAACGCCAUGUCAUCUUUGCACGGACGGACACAGAUGCUCCUCUGCCACCUGAUGACUGGGAGGAUCACAUUAACAGGUUGGGAUGGACUGCAACUCAGAACAAACUGUUCAACAAGGUUGUGAAGGCAUUGUAUUCCGAUCGCUUGGCAAGACUGGCAAAUGAGGGGGCCAGUAAUGAACCAGUUCUACGGAGGAUCGCGGUGGACAAGUGUGCUCGACGUGUUCGACAGGCCCUUGCCUGUGUCAGCUGGGACACCAAGUUAACGCAAUGGCUGCACACAACGCUGGUGGAAACCCUGAGCCUGCCCAUGCUGGCAGCAUACUUAGAUGUGCUUCAGACCCUGAAAUGCAAGGUACCAACGUUAAUUGAUAAAAUGAUCAUCUCCUCCACCACCAAGUCGGGAGCUGCUGGGGCUGAAGCCCUGUCCUUGCUGUUGAAACGACCUUGGGAUCCUGCUGUAGGAGUGCUUUCCCAUAACAAACCAAGUAAGAUCCCAGGUUCUCCAUUGCUGCUUGUCACUCCCAGUGGACCCAUGAAUAACAUGACGUCUGCCUCACGCAGGAAUCGCUUUUGGUUAUCUCAGCUGUCCUGUUUGGGAAAGGUUAUACCUGUCACCAUGCACGUUGUAAAUGGGGGCUCAGGAGUGAGUGUGAUGCAGUGCCUGGAGCACAUGAUCGGAGUGGUCCGAGCCAAGAUCCUGGAGUUGCAGACUCACUUUGCAAGCAGACCAAUUGUACUGAUCGGUUGGAAUGUCGGAGCCAUCGUUGCUUGCCAUGUCUCGAUGAUGGAGUUCAUCUCAGCUGUUGUCUGCCUUGGGUUUCCUUUGCUCACUGUUGAAGGACCGAGAGGAGAUGUUGAUGACCCAUUACUGGAUAUGAAGACUCCUGUCUUAUUUGUGAUGGGGCAGAACUCAGUUCAGUGCAAUACUGACGCCAUUGAGGAUUUCCGGGAGAAGAUUCGAGCUGAAAACAGUCUGGUGAUAGUUGGAGGCGCAGAUGACAACCUCAGGAUUAACAAAGCAAAGAAGAAGACAGAGGGUCUGACGCAGAGCAUGGUGGAUAGGUGUAUUCAGGAUGAAAUCGGUGAUUUUCUGACUGGUGUUCUAAACAAGAAUGAAGCACAGUCAGGGACUGAGACGAAAGAUGUGGAUGCAGACAAGAAGAGGCGCUGUCGGGAUGCUCGUAGGGACCUGGCCUUUGAGCUUCCAGAGCGAAGUAGCCGUCCCACGUCUCCUUUCAGUCGAGUGCCAGCUUCUCCCUCUGGUUCCGAGGAAUAUGUGAAUGCAUCAGAUGGUCUACAGAGGAGGUUCAUGAGAACAGUUAAAAUUCCACUGUCCUCGGAGCAGCAAGAGCUGGCAGAGCCAGAGGAUGUGAAGAACCAACUGAAAAGACGACAGCCAUCGAGCCCAACUCAAGUGGUCUCCAAGCCUGCAAAAAGAGCAAAGAUCAAAGUGACCAUACUUUCGCAAGGAGAGCCAUCAGCUGCCACUAUGCCUUUCACAGGUGCCAAGGAGGGUGGGGCAGGGAAACCUUUAACGUUGUCCUUGAGCCAGCCAGGAUCUGGUACCAAGGAACCGGCUGGAGCUGUCACAGGUCCAAGAUCGGCUGUGGAUGUGUUCUCCAGUUGCCCAAGUACAAUAACCUCAGCUGCUCCAGCUGUCAGCACCACAGCCAGUGCCUUCCAUACUAUCCAGGCCAGACUGGUCACCCCACCAGGUUCCAGUACUUCACAGCAACCUCAUUCUGGGCCGACCACAACAUCAGGGACACAGUUGGCAAGUAGCCUGCUCCAAGGAUUGAGCUUCAGUCUGCAGGACAUUGGAACAAAGACUUCUAGUCUGUCAUCUGCCAGCCCAGGCCAGGCUCCAAGUGUGAAGAGUUCGACGUCCACCCUGGGCCAUGUAACCAUGGCAGCAAAUCCUGUUGUCCGCACUGUCAGCGCAUCGCCUGCACCAGGAUUCCUGGGUGGGAACGGGAGCAGCAAAUCUACCGCUAUCCACCAGCUGCUGAGCAAUGGAGGAUUGUCCAAACUGACAAGCAGCUCGUCCACCCUGUCAGGUGUGAAGCCUCCAACCACAAUCACUGUGACCCUGAGGACCCAGGGCAGCCGAGUGUCAUCCCUAAGCCAACCUAGUACUGUCAAUGCCAUGCCCAGCUUAUGUAGCACGGUGGGCAGCCAGGUUGUCAACCUCGAGGAAAUGGAUCAAGAGGGCAAAGUGCAGGCGGCACAGAAUCAGCAGUGCUGUGACUCUCUGUUAUCGGUCCCGAGCUCCCAAGGCACUAGCACAAUCAAACAGACUACUGCACCAGGAGAUGUCAGCAAAGGUCACUCCCCUUUUGAAUUAGCCUCAGUGGAGAAGAUUCCAGAGUCCCAGUCUUCAUCUGCAGUUGUAGGUGAGGCUACACGCAGGGCAGUGACUACAAGUCCAACAAAAACUCUUUAUGUAAUGUCUGAUGCCAAGAUGUCUGCGCUCACCAAGUCUAUAGUAAGUCCACUUGAAGCCUGCCCUCCGAAGUUGUCAGGGGCCUCUUCCUUGAAUGCAGCUGGCCCAAUCGUGGCUCCCUCCACCUGCACAGUGAUGCUUUCCAAAGUUGGGCCUGUCCUGCAGAGUUCUUCAAAGACAGUCAUCUUCACCACUAAGGGUGAAGUGUCAUCUGCAACAACUGGGGAAAGAUAUGGCCUUGCUUCAGUGCUCAGUACCAAUGAGACCCUAGGCAAGAUGCCUUCAGUGAUGGAUCAAGGCAGCACCAUUAUCCAUACCACGGAAAUUACUCACCCCUCUAGUACACCAUCACCAGCCACACAGCAAGGGCCCUGAAGUUAUCUUAAACAGUUGUUAGUUUACCCUGAAUGAACAAUGACACCAUGACAAGGGGGAUUUGUUGCUCAACUUAUGUUCAUGUAAAAUUUGUAGAAUUUUUUUUGCUCAUUACAUAAAAUGCAUUGCUUUCAAUGUUUGAAAAA